UUCGCGGCCUGGCUGCGUGAGGGAAAGCGACUGGGCCGGCCGCGGCUGUGGUGAGCCUGUGGGACGGCCUGAGAAUGAAUCACAUGAAAAGUGGCAUGCCAGCAGAUCACACCAAGUCCUGCAGCCACCUGAGUAGCACAAGGAGUCCCUUGGGAGAAAUCAGCAACAGGACAGUGACCAGCAGAUCUAGAGGAGGCAAGGACCCCAUUUCCGCUUCAACAGAAGCAGAUCUGUGUCAAGCAUUCUCUGAGAUACUGCAAAGUGAUGUCGAAGACAUCGAUGCCAAGGACUGCGGAGAUCCUCAGUUGUGUGGUGACUAUGUGAAGGACAUCUACUGUUACCUCAGGCAGCUUGAGGAACAGCACUGCGUGUCCCCCUUCUACCUUGAGGGCACGGAGCUCAGUGGGCGCAUGCGGGCCAUUCUGGUGGACUGGCUGGUGGAGGUUCACGCCAAGUUCCAGCUCCUGCAGGAGACUCUUUACAUGUGUGUCGCCAUCAUGGAUCGUUACUUGCAAGCUCAGCCCGUCUCCCAGAAGGAGCUGCAACUCGUUGGCGUCACCGCAAUGCUCUUGGCUGCGAAAUAUGAAGAGGUCUCCGUGCCGAGCGUCCUGGAUUUCGUUUACAUCACCGACAGAGCGUACAAGGUUGCUCAGAUUCAGGCAAUGGAGCAGAAUAUCCUUAAACAGCUUAACUUUUCCCUGGGCCGGCCGUUGCCACUGCACUUCUUGAGGAGGGCAGCCAAAGCUUCUGAUCCGUCCUUGGAAUCCUUCCUGCUGGCGAACUACCUGAUGGAACUGACCCUCGUGGAUUACGAGAUGGCCCAUUAUCAGCCCUCCGAGAUCGCUGCCGCCGCCCUCUGCCUGUCCCUGCAGGUCCUGUCCCAAGGCCAGUGGAACCUCAAGCUGCGCUACUACACGGGGUACGCGGAGGAAAGCUUGGCCACCGUCAUGACCCACAUGGCCAAGAACGUCGUGAGAGUUAACAGGAGCCUGACUAGACAAGUGACAGUCAAGAAGAAGUAUUCCAGCAGCAGGUUCCUGAGGAUCAGCACCAUCCCUCAGCUGAACUCCAGUGCCAUUAAGGACCGUGCAGCCCACCUGCUGGGUGGACCCCAGCAGCCGCUCCAUGAGGCGUAAAGAAGACUGCAGCUGGCAAGACCGGAACACAGAAGCUGGUGCUGAUGGGGGCAUCUGCUUGAAUGGAUUCACAGAGAUCAGGACUGACCCGAUGUAUGUCUGCAAGCACAACAGUCAAGGUUCAUGACCACUCAUCAGAGCUUCUUUUGCAGAGCUUUUUUCGGUAUGAACGGGAGGAGCACACCUCAGUGCUAGGAUGCACACAUUACAUGCAGAAGUUCCACAUUCCAUCCUUGGCACCUCCAAUUAAAGCAGGUAAAUCUGCAUAUUAGUGGAAAAGCAAAACUAUUCCAAAGCAAAAGGCGUAAUUCCCUUGUUUUUAGAUGUUGUACCAUAUAUACUGUCAUAUAAGAGGACUUGUGUAUAAGAGGAGGUCGAUAUUUUGGGCUGUUUCUCUGGUGUUUGUCAUAUGUUGUGUGUAAGACGACCUCCAACUUUUGCUUCACUAUUUUGGGUUUUAAGGGUCAUCUUAUACACUGAUCUAUACGGUAAUAACAUGUGGGACCAGCGACCAGGAAGUCUGUUUUGCAAAAAUACCCAUACAGAUCAGUGUAUACAGCAACUUGUGUAUAAGGCAAGGUCAGUAUUUUGGGCUGUUUAAAUAUGUCAGGCAUAGGAGACCCCCAGUUUUCACUUUGCUGUUUUUGGUUUCAAGGGUCAUCUGAAAUAUAAACUGAUAUAUACAGUUUAUCAUAUCUCAGAAGAGAGCAUUCCUUCUGGUGUGCACAGCAAAGCCUCUUCUAACAUGGCAUUUAUCAUCUGCAAUUUUCAUUACAGCCGAGUGCCUGUUUUUUUUAACUUUUAUAUUGCCCCAGUUUUCCUUCAAGGAAAAACAGUCUUCAGUUUGCUGGUACCGUAUGAGUGAUAAUAAUGCACGCGCAUGAGACGGGCACAAUUAGCAUUCCGCCUUAUCCACAAGAGCCCAUUGUUUUGGAAUAAUAUCUGCAAGGUGAUGUCACGCUACCAAAAAAGACCAAGGCAAACAAACAAAUUUCCGCUUUGUGCAAAACUGCCCCAUGUGGAGGGGAUCCAAGAAGCAGUGACACUACCCAAGGCUUCCCCGUGGCGCGGCAAAUCAAGAAUGGAUUGCAUGAGCAUAAAACACACUGAAGCAACUGCGAAGCAGCACGGUUAACAGAGCGUGUGCAAUUCCAGUAACCUUUCCCUGUAAGGGCUGCAUUGUAAAAGCAGGGCCAUGAAUGAGCUAGGUAACAGCUGAGUCAC